CUGACACAAGAACCACAGAAGGGGAAGUCAAAUUUUAGAGCCAUGAAAUGAAAGAGAGGAACUGUGACAACAGGAAGUCAGCAGAGACGAAAUAGUCAUCCAACCACAUAGUAUAAGAAAUAGGACAACUUUGGCAGAUUACUGAACACAGCAUAUCGAAGAGAGAUAAACUCAAAAGACCAAGACAUAACACAAUCGGAACGAUGUGGAAGGCAGCUGCGGGACACAAAGUUUCAGUAACUCAGAAUGAUGGUGGAGAUGACUGGGAAACUGAUCCAGAUUUUGUGAACGACAUCAGUGAAGAGGAACAAAGGUGGGGGGCCAAAACCAUUGAAGGAUCUGGCCGUCCUCAGCAUAUAAAUAUAAGUCAGUUAAGAAGCAACGUUUCUAAAGAACAUGAACAACUAAAGAAGAAAGAGUUAAAGGAAGGUCCAAAAGCCUCAUAUGGAUAUGGAGGACAAUUUGGAACAGAGAAAGACAGGAUGGACAAGAGUGCCCUGGGUCACGACUACAGGUCAGAAGUGGAAAAACACUCCUCACAGACUGAUGCAGCUAAAGGCUUUGGAGGCAAAUAUGGAGUGCAAAAGGAAAGAUGUGAUAAGUCUGCAGUAGGAUUUGAUUACAAAGGUGAAACUGAACAACACUCUUCUCAGCAAGAUCAUUCCAAAGGUUUUGGAGGGCGUUAUGGAGUUCAGAAAGACCGUGUGGACAAGUCUGCACUAGGAUAUGACUACAAGGCUUCUGUGGAACAACAUGCAUCUCAGCAAGAUCAUUCUAAAGGAUUUGGAGGGAAAUUUGGUGUACAAAAAGACAGACAAGAUAAAUCAGCUCACAGCUGGGCCCACAAGGAAGAGGUACAGCCACAUCAGUCUCAAACAGAUCAUUCUCAAGGAUUCGGAGGGAAAUUUGGAGUACAGAAAGACAGACAAGAUAAAUCUGCUCACAGCUGGAGCCAUAAGGAACAACUACAGACCCAUGAAUCUCAGACAGAUCAUUCUCAAGGAUUCGGAGGGAAAUUUGGAGUACAGAAAGACAGACAAGAUAAAUCUGCUCACAGCUGGAGCCAUAAGGAACAGCUACAGCCCCAUGAAUCUCAGACAGAUUAUGCCAAAGGGUUUGGAGGGCGCUUUGGAGUACAGACGGACCGUGUGGACAAGUCUGCCUCAGGGUUUGCUGACAUUGAAGCACCAAGUUCUGUAUACCAGAAAACACAGCCCCUGGAAGCCAUGACAAGUGAUGCUCAGAAUCUAAGAUCACGAUUUGAAAACAUGGCCAAGACAGCAGAGAAAGAAAACCAAAAGAAAGCAGAAGAAGAGAGAGCAAGGAGAGAGCAGAGAGACAAGAUUGAGCGACAAGGACAAGUAAAAAAAGAGGUUGAAGAGAAUGUAGAACCUGAAGUGCCUCAGAGGCAAAAAGUCCAAAUACCGCUUCCUACUCCAACUCCACGUGUCUCCACAGUGACUUCACAACCUACUGAAGACGAUGAUCCUAACUAUGAAGCACCUCCAAUGGUCCCUCCCAAAGUGCCAAUGAUGAUGCCCCCUCCAGAUGAAUCAGGCUCUGAGGAAGAGACAUAUGAAGAUAUUAUUGUCCCCCCACCUAUCACAGAAGAUGAGUAUGAAGAUAUUCCAGAUCCUCCACCGAGGGAGCAGGAAGAAGAGGACGGUGAUGAUUAUGAAUGUAUCCCAGAUGAACCAGUUACACAACAGGAACAGUUGUAUGAAGAAUUGCCAAAAGAUGGCAACUCAGAACCUUCUGCUAUUGCUCUGUAUGAUUAUGAAGCAGGUGGUGAUGAUGAGAUCUCAUUUGAACCUCAGGAUAUCAUCACAGACAUUGAAAUGAUAGAUGAGGGUUGGUGGACUGGAUCCUGCAAUGGGCGGCGAGGGCUCUUUCCUGCUACAUAUGUGGAGCUUAUGCAGUGAUAACCCAACCAGAUUUCUGAUAUGUCAUGCUUCCUGAAAACAUUUUAAUCCAGUUGUGUUUUGUAACUUGAAAGUCUUUUAGGACAGUAAAAUACGUUGUAAGAUGAAACAUUCAUAACUGUUCUUCAAACCCAACUCCAGCAAGGACUUUUUUGUUUAGUUUUGCACAUAGUGGGGAAAGGAUUGAUGGUUUCACUUGUAAUGUGUGUUCCUGUUGGGUAGGUUUUUCCAAUUGAAUGGGGAAAUCUUUAACUUUCUCUUAUUAAAGUGGUUGUUACCUUAAACAUGUAGUUCACGGCCAGUCCCUCUAUUAUAUCUAGGCAUAACACACAGUAAGUGUUUUAUUAAAACAAA